GGGACAAUGGGUUGCUGGGCUCUGCUACUGGUUUCUUUCCUCCUGCUCCUCUGCACGUCUGGGGGACAGGUCCCACACCGUCACAGGCACUGGCCAGGCAUAAGAAAUCUACCACACCUGGACUUAUCGGACUUCCAUGGAAACCCAAAGGAUCGGAUCAGUAAGGAGCCAUGGUUCAUUGUUGUGGCUCCAGACCUGCUGAGGGCCGACAGCCCGGAGAACAUCUACUUGGAAGCCGGCGGCCUGCGCGGUCGGCCAACAGUCUCCAUCUCCAUCAGGGACUACACCAGGUCCAUUGUGCUCUACGAUGACACGUUCAUGAUGGACUCUGAGCAAGGAGGCCACACCCUCAGAAGCAUCCAGCUUCCCUCGGACCUUCUGGAGCCAGAGGAUCUCAGGAACCGGUAUGUGUACCUUGGGGUGAACUUCCACGGGUACCAUCUGUUGGAGAAAGUGAUUAUGGUGUCCUUCCAGCAGGGGUACAUCUUCGUCCAGACUGACAAGCCCAUCUACAACCCUGGGGACACCGUGCGGAUGAGGGCCUAUGUAUCUUCUUCGUCCUUCAAGGCAUCUAACAGCACUCUGAUGGUGGAGUUUCAGAAUCCAGAAGGCGUUGUGGUGAAGCAGACAAUCUUGUUCAGGGCUGCGGACGGCGUUCUCCCAGAGUCCUUCAUUCUCUCUGACCACGCCAAUGAAGGUGUGUGGGCAGUGAUUACGAAGUUUGACGCCCGUCCGCAGAACACCUUCAGAGCCCAGUUUGAAGUGAAGAAAUACGUUCUGCCUGCUUUCAACGUGACGCUGGUGCCCAGUAGCCCCUACCUCGGCCUGGACCACACCCGGCUGGAGGUGGCUGUCUCAGCCAGGUACCUGUAUGGAGAGCCGGUCCAGGGGACAGCCUACGUGGUGUUUGGACUGGUGAUCAAUAAUGAGAUGAAGAGGCUCCCAUCGGUGAAACAGGUUUCUGACCUGGAUGGGGGCUUGGCGACGCUGACGAUGGAGGAGAUCAGAAGGGCGUACCCUGACCUCCGCUCGCUGGUGGGCAGCUCCGUGUACGUGAAGGCCUCCGUCCUCACAGCUUCAGGAAGUGACUUGGUCGAAGCUUCGAAGACCAACAUCAGGAUUGUGGAUUCUCCGUAUAUUCUGACCUUCAGCCAUUUGCCCCAAUACUUCAAACCUGGCAUGCCCUUUGAUUUCACAAUCCAGCUCAACUACCAGGACGGAUCUCCAGCCAGUGAUGUCCCGAUGAAAGUGGAUCUGGUGGACAGUGUGCUGUCCACUAGCGCCUCGGGCUCCUUAAGAGUCAACAUCAAUAUGCCCAGAACAUCUGGACCUCAGACCAUCACAGUUGAGACGGCGGAGCCGGGUCAGAGGUCAGGGCAGCAGGCCCGACAGCAGACCACGGUGCUGCCCUACCAGCCCUUCAGCAGGAGCCAGCAGAACUUCCUGUACAUGGCGGCCACCGACAGCAUGGCGGCCACCGACAGCAUGGCGGCCACCGACAGCAUGGCGGCCACCGACAGCAUGGCGGCCACCGACAGCAUGACGGCGGGGAGCACGCUGAGGCUGCACCUCGUCAUCAGCCCGGCCGACAGCAUGCACCUGCAGCUGAUAAAGCACCUCACCUACCUGGUGAUCAGUAAGGGUAAGAUCCUGCAGGCCAGGCGUCUGAGUGUGGAGGGCCAGGUGCAGCUGACCGUGACACUCAGGGUCACCCAGGACAUGAGGCCCUCCUUCAGGGUGGUGGCCUACUACACCCUGCCCUGGCUACGCCACAUGGAGGUGGUCUCUGACUCCAUCUGGGUGGACCUGGACGACGGCUGUGUGGGAGGGCUGCAUGUGGGACCUGAGGAUGGGCGCCACCGAGACCUCCUCCCCGGUAAGACCUUCAGAUUCAAGGUCAGAGGUGACCCGGGGGCCAAGGUCAAUUUAGUCGCCGUCGACAAUGCGGUGUUCCUGCUAAGCAAGGAGAGACUCACACAGAGUAAGAUGUGGAGCGCGGUGGAGAAAGGGGACAUGGGCUGUACCCGAGGUGGAGGGAAGGACGGGAUGGGGGUCUUCAAAGAUGCUGGGCUGCACUUCUCCUCCAGCUUAGGAGCCAAUACCAGCCCCCGACAGGGGCUAGGGUGUCCUGCUAGUGCCAGAAAGAGGCGCUCUGCUGAGCUGUGGAAACGCAAGGCCCUGCUGGAGGCGCAGUACCGGGAGGAGCUCCAGCGGCGGUGCUGCCGGGCCGGCCUGCGGGACGUGGCCAUGCCGUACUCGUGCACGCGGCGCUCGCUCUACAUCACCGAGGGCUGGGAAUGCAUACGCGCCUUCCGCGACUGCUGCGCCCACCUGCGCGGCCAGUCGUUCGACACCAGCCGGCCCACCACCCCGCCGCCUCUGACCACCACCCCCCCACCUCCGACCACCACCCCCCUACGGUUCCCCUUAGGCCAACCAUUCUGGAGGGAAUUUUUUCAUCACAGGGUAGAAGUUGUUGGACUUGCACUACCUGAACGCAGAGUACCACCUGGUCACAAGGCAGGACCUGGUCACAGUGGACACUCUGACGAUGAUGAGGAGGAAGGAGAGUACAUGGCGGAGGAAGGAGAGUACAUGGCGGAGUACGACGUGUACCUGCGCUCCAAGUUCUACGAGUCAUGGCUGUGGCGGGACGUCCGCCUCCCGGACACGCCGGACGGAAGGGACGGGCUGGCCUCCAUCACCAUGACGACCGCCCUCCCAGACAGCAUCACAGAGUGGAGCGUCAUGGCCAUCAGCGCAUCCCACGAUACAGGCUUCUGUGUGGCCAAGCCUUACAACGUGAAAGCCUGGAAGAAGUUCUUUGUGGACUUGAAGCUGCCUUACUCUGUGGCCCGCCAUGAGCAGAUCCAGAUCAAAGCCGUGCUCCGUAACUAUGGACAACAGAGAUUAUACGUGAGGGUGGUCUUGAUGGUGACAGAGGGCAUAUGCAGCGUUGCCUUCAGUGAGCAACACACACAGGAAGUGGAUCUGCCGGCAGGCGGGACAGUGGUGGUGCCCUACACGCUAGUGCCCCUGGUGGUGGGAAAGCUUCCUGUGCAGGUGAUGGUGUUGGGACGGGACUUGAUGGGCGGAGACCGCGUUGAGAAGAUACUUCGGGUGGUGCUGGAGGGAGUGCAGAAGACACUUGUCCGCAGUUUUGUGUUGGACCCUUCUGCUCAUGGAGGAACCCAGAACAUCCAUCCGGGCAAGGUGGAGCUGGAGUCCGUGGUUCCCAACUCCCUUCCUCUGACCUUCAUUAACAUCAGAGGCAGCGUGCUUGCCGACAGCAUCGAUAACUCCAUCAGCGACGACUCCCUGGCCUCCCUGAUCCGCAUGCCUGGGGGCUGUGUGGAGCAGAACCUGGCCGGCAUCACCCUGCCCCUCAUCGCCACCCUCUACCUGGACUCCACCCAUGGUUGGGAGAGCGUGGGCGUGCAGCGCAGGGUGGAGGCAAUCGGCUACAUUACCAAAGGCUAUGAGAAACAGCUGGCUUAUCGUAAAAGUGACGGCUCUUACCCCCCCUACAGGAAGGAAGGCACUAGUACAUGGAUCACAGCGUUUGUAGUGAAGGUGUUCUCCAUGGCCUACUCCCUGGUGAGGGUGGAGCAGCAGCAGGUGUGUGGAGCACUGCUCUACCUGCUCAAUGAAAAGCAGGAGCACGACGGAGGUUUCAGGGAGGAUAACCCGGUUUACACCACCACCAUGACGGGUGGUCUCCGAGGCAGCGAGGCCAAGACCACACUGACAGCCUUCGUGGUCAUCGCCCUCGCCCAGGCAAGGAAGGCCGAGAUCAGCUGUGGCGGGAUCUCUGAGACCGCCACCCACAACGCAGCUAACUACCUGAAGAGGGAGCUGUCCAGGCCACUGAAGAGGCCCUACACAGUGGCCAUCUCCGCCUACGCCCUGACGCUGCUGGGGGAAGACCCGAGCUACAACCCCAUCACUCCCCUCCUCAACGCUGUUUCAGAGGGGAGCUACUGGGCUGACAGUGAGAGUCCUCUCUUCUCGCUGGAGGCCACCGGCUACGGCCUGCUUGCCCUGCUUGAGGGCGGCCACUUGGAUGAGGCCGUCAUGCCCUUCAACUGGCUCAACAGCAAGCGACGGAGGGGCGGGGGCUACGGGUCCACACAGCCCACCAUGGUGGUUCUGCAGGCCCUCUCAGAGUACCUCCUCAAACGGGCCGCUGACCGGGACGUCAGCCUGCAGGUGGACCUCAAGGUCCCUGGCCGGAUCGACCUGCGCUACCACUUUGAACCCCAAACCUCCUAUGUGGCGCGCUCUUCCAGGGCACCCCUGGACCAGGAGUUUGAGGUGGAGGCGCAGGGGAAUGGACAGGGAAUCCUGGAGUUGGUGACGUUCUACAACCAACUCCAUGACGUGGAGGAGAAGAGCCCGUGUCCGCACUUUGAGCUGGAGGUGGCUACAGAAGAAUCCAGCGAGAAGCCUCCAGCGGAUGUUAUAAAGUCUUACCAGAUCACCAUCCGCGUAAGGGCCCUGGCACCCAGAGACGUCAGAAUGGUGGUUCUGGACAUCAGCCUUCCCACAGGCUUCACCCCAGACAACUCUGACCUGGAGAUGCUCAGCAACUCGGUGGACCGCUACAUCAAUAACUUCCAGGUGGUGGACAACCUGAGCGAUAGAGGCUCUCUCAUCAUCCACCUCUUCAAGGUCUCCCACAGCGAGCCAGACAUCCUCAUAUUCAGGCUUCAGCAGAACUUCAAGGUGGGCCUCCUCCAGCCCUCCUCUGUGACAGUCUACGAGUACUACAACCCAGACCACCGGUGCAGCCGGACGUACAGCCCCCCCGAGGACAAGGAAGCCCUCAGUCAGAUCUGCAGGAACCAUGUCUGCCGUUGCACACAGGGUGACUGCUGUGUUACAAAGAGUGACAGUGAAACCAUUCCUGUCAACAUUCGGACGACGCAGGCCUGCGAGAGUUUGCACUAUGUGUAUAAGGUGAAGGUACUGAGUGUCAACCAGAGCUACUAUGAUAGAUAUGAGAUGGAGAUCACACAGGUUAUCAAACUUGGCCUGGAGCCUGACGUGGCAGAUGGCGCGAGCAGACUGUUUAUGUCGCAUGGAGGCUGCAGAGACCACCUGCACUUGCAGCAGGGCUCCCACUACUUCAUCAUGGGCCCCAAGGCGGACCUGUGGCACACUGACACCGGCUUCGUCUACAUGCUGGGCAAGAAGACGUGGGUGGAACGCUGGCCGUCCGAGGCGGAGUGCACCGGCGACGCGGCCUUGCAGGCCAAGCGUACCGUCCUGGAGGCGGCUGCCAGGGAUCUGUCCGUCAAUGGGUGCCGGCAGUAGUGCAGGCCCUGUGCAUGGCUGGCAGCAGACCCACGUUGAAUCAUGUGCAUGCUACAUGCUGAUCAUUGGUUGUAACAAUGUGUUCUGAAUCGGUUAUCAUUGGUCAAAAGGUUUUUUAGUUACUUAUAAAUACAUAAGACUACAUGUGUAUAUUAUAUAUAUAUGCAGAUUCGUUUUUUUGUCAUGAAAGUAAUAAAGAUCUCCCCAGGCUUGUAA